UUAGGUAAGCUUCUGUAAUGGUGCCUGGAUGAGGCGGAGAAGACACAGCCCACUGGGAAUAACACGUGAUUUCUGUUCCAGCUUAGAAUGCUUCAGUAGACUCAAUGGCCCUUAGCUGGCACGACCUGACAUCAUCAAUGUACAAUAUGUACUGUAUGUUCUGUUGCCAUGGUGCCGUGUUCACAUACGACACAUGUACUGUAACAUGUUACUGUAUGCACAGACUAAUGAUGGCAUGUUUCUACAGACUAGCAGGAGAAAACACGCAUGUCUCAUAGUUCUGACUGGGAUUGUACUUUCAUACACGAGCGUGCGUGUAUGUGUGCGUGCGUGCAUGUGUAUAUAUAGCCACUGUAUAUCUGUGUUUGUUAGGUCACCUGGAACAUGUUAUACAUUUGAAAUGAGAUCUUCUGACAAGGCCCACAAAGUCCUUGAAUACAAGAUGCCACCACUUCAGACUUCCUAGAAACUAUAACCACAAGGCUUAAAGUAGCCCUCAUAAUGCAUUGACAGCUUCAUUAGGAACAUCAUUUGGACAAAGAUGAUCUCUUUCUCCUCUCUCCAAGGGUAUUAAUCAAUCAUAGGAAACCUGUUGUAAUUUAAUAUUUUAUGGGACUCUAAUAUAUAUAUGGUGGAUGCUUUAUUUCAUCAAACGGCUAGCUCUGAAUAAUUGAUGGAAGCUGAAGAUGGAAGCUAGGCCGUUUGUUUUGAUCUUGCUGCUCCUUUUAAACUGUUGGCGAGCUCCUUUUGAGCAAUAUUGGCGCUCACUGCUUGAUAUCUGGGGAGUGAGCUGGAAAAUGAGGGUGAGGUUUUCACUCCAAAAACUCUAAACAAGGAUUAGCAUGAGCUACAGAGCAUCUAUCCAGUGCGCUAUCUUCCCCUACUUGUUUCUACCUAGUCACGAUCAAAUUAAGAAUACCUCCACAAUUAAUGAAGUCAUAAUGAACCACUCUGAAAUGGGCAGAGUUUUGCAAAAACAAUUUCUCUCUUACUGUUGGAAAUAUUCCAAGCAUCGCUGUUGAACAAUUGUUCUCUCUCUCUCUCUCUCUCUCUCUCUCUCUCUCUCUCUCUCUCUCUCUCUCUCUCUCUCUCUCUCUCUCUCUCUCUCUCUCUCUCUCUCUCUCUCUCUCUCUCUCUCUCUCUCUCUCUCUCUCUCUCUCUCUCUCUCUCUCUCUCUCUCUCCUCUUUCCAGGGAAAGGUAGAUUUUUUUGUUUGCGGCUGCCAGCCUUACACCUCCUGGGCAUCAGUAAGCAGUCCCUCCCUCAGGAGGACCCUGACGCCGUCAUGAUAGACUCGCCCCGCCGCAGUGAAGAGUCGGUGGCCACCCGCGACUUCCAGUCACUGCCCACCCGGGAGAGCUGCAGCCCCUCCUACGCCAACGACACAAGGGCCCUCAUCGGUCCCAGCCACUGCUCCACCCCUGUGUCGGGACCCCUGGACCACUCGUCCCCCAAGGGGCCCGUCUGGGACAGUCUCGUCCCCCAAGCGGUUCCCCAGCCCCAGACUGUGGGCCCUCUGGCCCCCACCAUCCCAGGCCUGACCCCCACCGCGUCCAGGGAGAGUGUGUGUAGUAUCCGGAGGGCCUCCUCCGCUCAGGACAUGGAGGGUUUCGGAUACAACUCCAAGAUGGCCUUCAGGGACCGACAUGCCAGUGAAGGUAUGUAAGUCAACACGACCUCCAUGGUCGGAAAUGCUUGACUACCCCAUCCGCCUCACCCUGAGAUGUUAUGCUAUAUUAAAUCAAUUCGGCCUUGCUGUACUUACGCAGUAGAUUUGGUCCCUAUCCCAACCAUUUUUAUCAUGUGGUGCAAAUCAAAUCUGACCUUGGAUCAGUGAAUGGGGGUAACUCUCCCAACUCAACUGUACCUACUCUGAGUCAUCAGGCAGCACCACAUCUAUCCUGACUCCUGAAUCACCACAUCUAUCCUGACUCCUGAAUCACCACAUCUAUCCUGACUCCUGAAUCACCACAUCUAUUCUGACUCCUGAAUCACCACAUCUAUCCUGACUCCUGAAUCACCACAUCUAUUCUGACUCCUGAAUCACCACAUCUAUCCUGACUCCUGAAUCACCACAUCUAUCCUGAUUCUUUCCACCCACAGUUAACAUGGGGGGGGGGGGUUACAGUACAGCUCCAGACUCUCCCUGUCUCUGUAUCCAGCUGAUAUUUCUAUCUCUCCCUACACCAUUGAAUCUGCGUUUCUCAUUCAAAGGGCCCCUGCGGCUGACACUGUAAUAAGUCUACUUCAUGAUAAUGAACUGUGGGACGGCGAUAGGGACUUUUAUGUGGGUCGUCUUCCAUCACUAGCUAGCUACGUACAGAUCUGGAAUCUCCUCUCUCUCCUCCACCUUCCUCCCAUCCCCCCCUCUCUUCCUCAACACUAUGCAAUCGCAGACAAUGGCCGCAAUAUCAAAGGUAACAACCGCACGUUCCUUGAACGUAGCACGGAUAUAGAAUAUAUAGCCUGAACUGCUUGCUGCAUGGAUUUUUCAACUCACCAACAACAUAAGUCUGUGUUGAAUGCUAAUGCUGGACUGAUACAUUUGUGAUUGCCUCUGAGAAUGCCAUAGAGGCUUGCACGGCAUAGUAGUAGUAUUAUUCAUGCUGUAGUAAGACGUGACCUGUGAGUGCCCUGCAAGCUUGCAGAUCCCAACUGAUUGUUCUGAAAAAUCAGGCUGACUUUUGACCUGCCACACGACUGCAUGAAAACAAAUCUUGCCUCUCAUUUCCAUAGAACAGGAAAUCUAUAAUAGUCAAUGAAUCAUAAUAACAGUUGUCUUUGCCUGCUGUCAAUAGUCCCCUUUCCCAAAAACAACUGGUAGGCUAUUUCCUUUGUCCUGUGUCAGACAGUUGAAGGGAAUAGAGUGAUGGUUUGUCUGUUUGCUUGAAUAACGUCCUCCAUUUUGUCUUCACUUUACUAAAAAAGUAUUCCGAUCCAUGACUACUUCACUAGUCAAACACACUACCGUAUUCAUUCCGCAUGUGGAACACUACUAUUAUAGAUCAAAAACGUAAUGAUAAGUAAUUCUACGUCACUGGAAUGUUAUCAAAUGUCUGAGAGCCUUUUAACCCCGUGUAGCUCAGUUGGUAGAGCAUGGCGUUUGCAACGCCAGGGUUGUGGGUUCGAUUCCCACGGGGGGCCAGUAUGAAAAUGUAUGCACUCAGAUAAGAGUGUCUGCUAAAUGACUAAAAUGUAAAUGUAACCUCCAGAAAUGAAUGAAAUGACUGUACUUUCCUCUGAAAUCAAUGUCUUUACUAGCCUAAAAGUGCAUUCUGGAUCAAUAACUACCAGAGGAGGCUGGUGGGAGGAGCUGUAGGAGGACGGGCUCAUUAUAAUGGCUGGAAUGGAAUAAAUGGAACGGAGUCAGACAUGUGGUUUUCAUAUGUUUGAUGCUUUUCCAGUUAUUCCAUUUCAGCCAUUACAAUGAGCCCAUCCUCCUAUAGCUCCUCCCACCAGCCUCCACUGAUACCUACUCCAGUGAACAUGGAAAGAUUUGGAGCAGCAUCUGAUAAAUGUUAUCAGCUAUUGUUUGUAUUCUUACCUUUAGACCUUAUGUCUCUGAUUUCCGGGAUAUUUUUCAUUACCUUAACAAAGUGGCCAGAUAGUAUUUUUAUCUCUACUAAAAAAAUCACUCUGAUGUUGCUAAAAUAGAUUUAACAUGACACUCAGGAAGUGCCUGCAGAAUUAUACAGACCUUUGACCCCUCCCCUCUCUCUGAGGUCACUUCCUCUUUACGCUGCUCUCUACCUCCCUCCCUCUCUCUCUCCUGAUUCGCUAGUGUCUCGGUCCUGGAUGGCUGGGGGUAUGGCUUGAGUUUUUCCUAUAUGUCUGUAAUGCACACAUACUGUACCGUACAAUGCUGCUGUAGCAUGUAUUCAAGCUGCGCAUGUCUUUUGUUUGUGUAAGUAUCACUCACCGUAUUCUCAACACUCGUUUGUGAAAAGGGAGAAUGAUUCAUCCCUCCAUCUUCUCGUUUGGAUCUCAUUCCUCUGGAUCAGCAGUUGACACAUUCCCUCUCUUUUCCAUAAUGCCCACAGUCGUUACUACGUGUGACAGUGUGUGUGUUGUUCAACGUGGUGAGGUUUUAUGGCAGUGUUGUACUGUAUUUUCGCAUAGUAACAGAGCUUAUUUGUGGAUGUAUGAAUCAUGAAAGCCAUAUCCAUUGGGUAUCAUUGAGUCAAAACCUCUACUCAUGACUGAGAUAUACUUUAUGUAUACAUUUCCUUUGUUUGUGGACAGAAUUAUUUCACUAAUAUUGUUAAUUACACUUUUAAUAUAACACUUGGAAAACCAAGUUUGUCAUUUCUACAGCUGUUGAAGGGAAGGUAGGGUGGAUCUGAGGGUUAGGGUGGAUCUGUUUGACUUGUAACUGUUGUAUUUCUACUGUUGUCCUGUGGUUGUUCACUUGUCUUGUGACAGCAAUUGAGUUCCUCAAGAGCAAAAAAAACAGUUCCAUACUCACGCUCCCACACAUAACAAAUAGACACAGCAGCCUAUUGACACACCUACCACAUGAACCACACUUGAGGUCCCCUUUAAUUUAUUAGCAUACCGUCAAACCCUCAAGCUGUAUCAGACACUACCGUGCUAGCCUAGCCUAGCAUCACCGAGCUAGCCUAGCCUAGCAUCACCGAGCUAGCCUAGCCUAGCAUCACCGUGCUAGCCUAGCAUCACCGAGCUAGCCUAGCCUAGCAUCACCGAGCUAGCCUAGCCUAGCAUCACCGUGCUAGCCUAGCCUAGCAUCACUGAACUAGCUUAGCCUAGCAUCACCACGCUAGCCAUUUCCAAACCUCUCUUUCCAUUAAAUUCUCCUCCAGGACCCAUCAACCAGAUCAAAUCCAGUCUUCUGGGCUCCACGUCCGACUCCCACCUCAACAGAUACAGCACAAUCAACAAGAUCCCCCUCAUCACGCUCAACUUCUCAGAGGCCAACAACGACAAGAAGUGCCCCUCCCCUCCGUCCUCCGAGAAAACCAUCAUCGCCCCAAAGGUCAAGGACCGAACGCACAACGUCACCGAUAAGGUCACACAGGUAAGAGGUAAUGACAGAGGUCAGAGGUCAUGAAAGGCCCUGUGCCUUGUGCUCGGUAGAGUUGGUGGUCAGUGACACAAGUCAAGAUGUUGGAGCAUCACUCAAUGAAGUAUAAUGUUGGAGUUAGAAUCCAUUCUAUAGAAUCUGUUCCAUACAGAAGACAUGUAUUUUCUGUGUGUUUGUUCUGUACAGACAGAGUUACAGAUGUAUAGUGUGCUGUAGCUGGAUGUACUAUUACCUCAAUGAAUAGUCAUCUGCCCCAAUGUUAUACAGUAGAGAGCGGUAAUUAUCCCCUACCCCACACACACAAGACACACACGGAACACCACCAGGUCAGAACACAGUGUCUGCAUACGCUGCACUGUUGUUACUGUCUGACGUUAGCUAAUUCAUUGAAAGGGGCUUGUUUAAAUAAGUAAACCAGUGAAGGUGUAUAUCACCUUUAGAGGAUCAGGACAGAUUCUCUUACCAGGGCUCAGGGAUACACUCUAGUUACACACAGGUUAGAGGUCAUCCUCACAAUCCUGUCUGUCUGUCUGCCCCGUGGAGAGUGUGCAGUACACCAACGCCUCCUUGUGUGGGUCCCAAUGGGGGAGGAGAAGGGAAAUCAGGCUGCUUGUGUGUACUCCUGCCUGCAUGCUUGUUGGUCUGUGUGUGCGUGCAUCUGUGUGUCGCUAUGGCAGAGCUGGUUGACCUUUACGAUCUGUCAGGGCCACUUUGUCCAGAACAGAAAAGGAUGUUGCUGUUCUACUGAUAAUGUGUAUACCAGUGGCGGUCAGUGCCUUUUAAGAUGAGGGAGGUAAUUCUUUUUUUUAUGAGCAUGGCCUUAUUUCUAUUACAGCAUAUUGGAUGACUGUCAUUCAUAUUCCAUUCACCCAGUUCAAUGUAACAUCGAUAGGUUUAGGCUACUACAUGAUACUCACAUUUUCCCUGAGGUUGCUACAACCUAGCCUAUGAAUUAAAGUUUACAACGUAGGUUGAGAGAAUUUUGAGUAAUCAAGGUGACAGACAGUGACACAUGCAAUACAGACUUGCACACUUUUGCCUGCAUCUAGCUGAUCUAGGGUGUAGUCAUUAGUCCAACAGUUGCAAAUGAGAGUUUCUAUUGGACAAAUUCAGGUAUGUUUAUCCCUGUUUUGUUCCGUUUGCUUCUGUUUUAGAAACAUUUUUCAACAGAAUCGGUGGAAUGAAUACACCCCUGAUCACACCAAACAGUUAACUUUCAUAGCAGCCACAUAAAAACAGAUGAUCACUUUGCUCAUUGUAUAUAUCAUUCCUUCUCACAACUAUCUACGCGCUCUCCUCCUCUCACCUUUUCCCUUCGCUUGUGGACUUCAGUGCACAACACAUCAGCUGUCUGUGACCAGGCGAAAAAACCUUUCCAAGCCAAACCUUCAUAUCAUGACCACUAACCGCUACACAAAGCCUACAUCGUUGUCACGUCAUAACUAGCUAAUAUAGCAUCCCUCUCUGUUUGAGCCGGGUGUUUGAGUAGGCUAAACUAGCUAGCUGCAUUUGCUAGUUAAGUAAGGGAAAGUGAAAGUAAAAAAAAAUACAACCAAAUAUAGCUAGCUCUCUCUCUCUCUCUCGCGCUUCUCCUUAAUUUUGGAAGAAAUUAAUUUGUUCAAAACUGUUGAAAUAUUGUCUUUCUCCCUCUUUAAGACAACUACUCACCACAUUUUAUGAACUGUAGUGCUAGCUAGCUGUAGCUCAUACUUUCAGUACUAGAUUCAUUCUCUGAUAGGUUGGAUGACGUCCUCAGGAAGUUGUCAUAAUUACUGAGUAAGUCUAUGGAAGGGGGUGAGAACCUUGAGCCUCCUAGGUUUUGUAUUGAAGUCAAUGUACCCAGAGGAGGACAGAAGCUAGCUGUUCUCCGGCUACACCAUGGUGCUACCCUACAGAGUGCUGCUGAGGAUACUGUAGACCUUCAUUGCAAAACAGUGUGUUUUAAUCAAUUAUUUGGUGAUGUGAAUAUAUUUAGUAUAGUUUUAUCUUAAAAGGAUAACUUUUUUAAUGUUUCGCUAUUUAGAUUUUAUGAAAUUCACUGAGGAGGAUGGUCCUCCCCUCCCUCCUCUGAGGAGCCUCCACUGGUGUAUACAGUAUAUACUAUACAGCAUCUAGCACUGGGGUUUCCUUGAAGGCAGAUCUUAGUUUGUUAUUGGCAUUAAGGGCAUCUUCUAGUUUAGAGGACAUAUGCUGGUGAGUGUGUAAGGGUUGGUGUGAGGUGUGACCCAGGUGCUGUGCAGGAUAGACAGGGGCAAGGAUAGUGAAACAAGGAUCUUUACUGGUGGUCCAAAAGCCAGGAUACAAAACAGCGGACUAUACACGAAAACAAAUGAGGAGCACAUAGGUCUCCAAAAAACAGGCUGACAACAAACAAUACGAAAUACUAACUCUGACUGGAAAAACACAAUGACACAGGGAGAACACUUCUCGAGUACCUGUAACUCCGUCACGUGAUCCGACACUGAUACGUACUGCUUGACAUCAAGGAACUAGCAGAGAAAAUUGAGCAAGGGAACACAGGGAAGUGAGGGCAUAAAUACACAGGUGAAUCAGAUAGCUACAGGUGACACCAAUAGGCAUAUAAUGAGGAGGUGCCUAUGGUUGUCGGAGGAUGACACCUAGUGGGUAACUCCGGAACUGUGACCCACUCCUGUAACGCGUGUGUGUCAUACAUCUCAAUAGUGGGUUGCAGCUUGUAUUUUCCAACCGGAUCUUAGUAUUUGUUGUGCAUAGUCCCGUGUAGCUCAGUUGGUAGAGCAUGGCGCUUGCAACGCCAGGGUUGUGGGUUUGAUUCCCACGGGGGACCAGUAUGAAAAUGUAUGCACUCACUAACUGUAAGUCGCUCUGGAUAAGAGCGUCUGCUAAAUUACUAAAAUGUAAAUAUUUAUAUUGUUCAGGGAUGGGUAACUCCAGUCCUUGGGGGCCGGAACGGUGUCACACUUUUUCCCCAUCCCUAGCAAACACGGCUGAUUAAUCUAAUUGCAUUCUAAACUGAAGAUCAUGAUUAGUUGACUAUUGGAAUCAGGUGUGUUAGCUGGGGCUGAGGCAAAAGUGUAACACCAAUCAGGCCCCCAAAGGAAUGGAGUUACCAUCCCUGAUAUAGUUCAUAUUGGAUAUACCUACUGCAGUGGAACAUUGUUGUUAUACAGCAGGCCUAUGUCAGAUAGAGUUAUAGUUGAUUAUCUAGACUCAUAACAGCGUCUUGUUUUUCUUUCCUGGUUGUAUGUUUGGUUAGCAACCAUCUACUGCUUAUUAUUGAACAGAUUACAUUGAACACGUUUUUUCCCUUCACCAUCUCAUUCUCAGUCAUUUGAUCAAACUAGAUAGUAGGAUUGUAUUUGCUUGUUUCUUUAGUAUUUGAUGUAUUUUUCUGACUGUGAGGCCCUGAGCACCUGUUCCCUGUUCCUCCCCUGUUGUCUGAAUGUAAUGCCCUGAGCUCCUGUUCCCUGUUCCUCCCCUGUUGUCUGGCUGUGAGGAUCAUACUGUUCCAGCAGACGUCUGGAGACCAAGUCUCUCCAGAGUUUGUGUAGAGAGACGUGCUCUACGCUGCAGAAUAAACACGUACUGUAGUCUGCUGGUUCGACACAGAACUCAACCACACUAAACAGAUGGAUGAUUGACAUGAGGAGAUCUGAGUCUGUGCUGUAGAUUGAUAAACGACGUCAAUGCAUGUUGAUGCUCCAUAUAAAACAACUUGUUUGAUACUUAAUGUUAUUUCCAUUAGGUUGUAUUUCUCCAGGUUUUCAUGGGGUUGCUUCAGUUUUACUAGUCCUUAUGUCAUGGCUUUGCUUCAGUUUUGCCAAUAAUACAAACAAAUAAGGUGAGAGGGUGAAAUGAUCAGAGCUCCCAUUUGCAUAUUGUUAUCCCAGAAGAGAGAGUUAAUUUGCACAAUAGCAAAUGAAGCCACACUACGUGCAUUAAAUAAUUAUGUCUGAAUUAUUGAUUUAGUAACAGAUCAGGGAGAGUGACAUGCUCACCUGAGCUGUCAUUCUGCCAACUGACUCCUCCCUAGGCUUGCCAGCAUGCUCAGAGACAGUUUACCUAUAUAACCAUAUGGCUCAAAUCAGAUGUUGCCACUAACCACAGAUAUAGGAUCAGAUUAACCGACCCUAAAUUGAUUAACAGGAUCAUAUAGGCCAGGGCUGCCCAACCCUCUUCCUGGAGAUCUACCCUCCUGUAGGUUUUUAGCAUAUCUGAUUCAGCUAGUUAAGGUCUUGUUGAGCAGCUAAUAAGUAGAAUCAGGUGUGUUAAAUUAGGGUUGGACUGAAAACCCACAGGAUGGUAGAUCUCCAGGAAGAGGGUUGGGCAGCCCUGCUAUAGGUCUAGAAACAUCUAACCCUGGGUCAGAGGUUAGGGACUCCUUUUACCAACUCCUUACAAAUGCAGUAGCCCAGUAGGCCACAUCGACUAAUCGAUCUACAUGGUAUGUGAUUCUGCCUGAUUUAGGUGGUAUGUCAUCAAGAGUCACAAAACAACACGUUAAUUCAAAAAGAGGUUGCUCAUGACAAUCACUGCCUUGUGCUUCUUUUCCACUUUGAGCAAAGUGCAGUUUGAUGAUAGAAAAUAAAACUGCCUGUAGCCUAAUUACCAAAACCUUUAAUGAAGAUAACUAGCUGGACAUGAAUAAUGAAAAGCUUUUUCUCUCUCUGCCGUUAAUUUGGUGAUUUGCUUUAAAGGGUGUGAUAUAUUGGAGGGUUGUUCUAUUGACCUGUAAUCACACAGGGGAGGGGACAGAAGACAUCUAAUAACCAAUUCCAUUAUAAUCACUGAAGCCCGCUUCCCUUCGUCCCACUCAAUCACAGGGGUUGCCGAGGCGAUCCCUUCCAGGGUGCGGCUAGGAGUAGGCCUAGAUGGUGAAGGAAAUAAUUGGAAAUAAUUACUUGAAUGGACCAUCAUGGAACAUUGACUUGAAUGGGGAUUCCUAUUCUAGUAAUUCUAGCUCUAUGGCGAAGGCGACCGAAAUGGAGCCCUCAUUCCAUUUGCAAGGCUCUAUUUCAUCUUGCUCUUCUAUCCAUCUACAAUAAUUACUUCUCUGCCCUAGGGUGAAGCACUUCACCUUUUUCUUUCUCUCUCCUCCCCCCCCCCCCUCCCGUCUCGACACAGUGAUAAUCAGCCAUGAGAAGCAGAGCCAGAAAUGUCUUCCCUGGCAUUGAAGUGUCAAGCUACAGAAUGAAUGACUAUAUCCCACCACUUCCUACCAUGAUAAUCGCCUUAGUGUCAUUGAGACUAUUAGCUGUGAUAUUGAUGUUAAAAGUUGUCCAGGGACAGGCGAUACUGUAGCUGGAAUAGUUGGGAUAUUGACGCAAUUAAACAUUCCUUAAAUAGGGUUUUUCCUACGUAGAAGCCGCUACAAGGACAUUCCUGUCGUUUUACUUGUUUGCAAUUUGCUGGCUAAUAUAGUAAGAUACUAAGCUAACAUGUACUUCUUUAAGUAUUUAUGUGUGGCGAAUGGUUUUUGUAUUUCUAAAAGGAUAGCUAAGACACUGUGUUCUUUAUAUAUUUCCACAUGACUGAUUUCCUCUGGGAGUUCAGCUGUGUUUAGUGUCCAGUGAUCUCCUCAUAAACAAUGUAUAGUAUGCCUGAGGAGGUUAAGCAGUCUGUAUAUGAAUGUAUACUGUAAAUGUAUAGUUAUCCUCCCUACAGGACCAUUGUUUCAGCCAAACACAAGGGGCAAGCUGAUGAUGUUAACCAUUGUGUAUUUUCAUCCAUAGAAUUCACUUAUUAAUGUUAUAUAUAUCGGCCAUGUACAUGUAUGUAUCCAUAAUAGCCUACAUAUAGGCUGUGAUGUACUGUACAGUAGUUUUAAAUAUUGUUACAGAAUAUUUGAAUGCAACAUUAGCCAUGUGGCUUUUGCUGUAGGCCCCUAUACAAUAUUGACAUCGUACUGACUUUAGCUUAUAUUUCAAAGUAUUUCCGUAGGAUUCUAUAGGAUUCAUUCACUCUUCUAAUACAUUGAUCCAAGCCACCAUUUUCUUCAUGUCUUCACUUUACUUCCUCUUAACUCCUCCCUCCUUCCUCCUCAGGUGCUAUCCCUGGGCGCAGAUGUGCUUCCCGAGUACAAGCUCCAGACGCCACGCAUGGACAAGUUAACCAUCCUCCACUACAGCCCCUUCAAAGCGGUGUGGGACUGGCUCAUCCUGCUGCUGGUCAUCUACACGGCUAUCUUCACGCCCUACUCCGCCGCCUUCCUCCUCAACGACCUAGAGGAGCAGAAGAGGAGGGAGUGCGGCUACUCGUGCUCGCCGCUCAACGUGGUCGACCUCAUGGUGGACAUCAUGUUCAUCGUGGACAUAUUGAUCAACUUCAGGACAACCUAUGUGAAUCUCAACGAGGAGGUGGUCAGCCACCCGGCGAAGAUAGCCAUCCACUACUUUAAGGGCUGGUUCCUCAUCGACAUGGUGGCAGCCAUCCCCUUUGACCUCCUCAUCUUCGGCUCGGGAUCGGAUGAAGUAAGGGAAAACGCUUAGACCCUUUUUACACUACUAAGCCAAGCUGAGCAGAGUCAAACCAAGCUGUACUGUGCUGUGCUGGCCUGGUUACAUAUCCACCAUAGUUACAGGAACCGUGCUUGAAAUAACCAUUUACGUCAGCCCAAUAGAGUGAAUCAGGCAUUAGUCACUUAGUCGCUUACUCACAGACACGUGUCACUAGGCCUCGGGUCCAAGUCGUGAUGACAUGGUGCUCCUGUAGUUUUCCCUCAUUCUCUGAAAUGUUAGAAUUAAAGUCGCUUAGUCACUUUCACAGGCAACCUCAGGGUCCUCCUCGCCAUGACGGUGCUCCUGUAGUUUUCAUCUAGCUUUGCCAGAUGGCCUCGGGCGUCCUAAAACUGUUGACCGGCAUCUGCCUCUCAAAUACAGUGGGGAAAAAAAGUAUUUAGUCAGCCACCAAUUGUGCAAGUUCUCCCACUUAAAAAGAUGAGAGAGGCCUGUAAUUUUCAUCAUAGGUACACGUCAACUAUGACAGACAAAAUGAAAAACAUUUUUCCAGAAAAUCACAUUGGAGGAUUUUUUAUGAAUUUAUUUGCAAAUUAUAUGGUGGAAAAUAAGUAUUUGGUCAAUAACAAAAGUUUCUCAAUACUUUGUUAUAUACCCUUUGUUGGCAAUGACACAGGUCAAAUGUUUUCUGUAAGUCUUCACAAGGUUUUCACACACUGUUGCUGGUAUUUUGGCCCAUUCCUCCAUGCAGAUCUCCUCUAGAGCAGUGAUGUUUUGGGGCUGUCGCUGGGCAACACAGACUUUCAACUCCCUCCAAAGGUUUUCUAUGGGGUUGAGAUCUGGAGACUGGCUAGGCCACUCCAGGACCUUGAAAUGCUUCUUACGAAGCCACUCCUUUGUUGCCCGGGCGGUGUGUUUGGGAUCAUUGUCAUGCUGAAAGACCCAGCCACGUUUCAUCUUCAAUGCCCUUGCUGAUGGAAGGAGGUUUUCACUCAAAAUCUCACGAUACAUGGCCCCAUUCAUUCUUUCCUUUACACGAAUCAGUCAUCCUGGUCCCUUUGCAGAAAAACAGCCCCACAGCAUGAUGUUUCCACCCCCAUGCUUCACAGUAGGUAUGGUGUUCUUUGGAUGCAACUCAGCAUUCUUUGUCCUCCAAACACAACGAGUUGAGUUUUUACCAAAAAGUGAUAUUUUGGUUUCAUCUGACCAUAUGACAUUCUCCCAAUGCUCUUCUGGAUCAUCCAAAUGCACUCUAGCAAACUUCAGACAGGCCUGGACAUGUACUGGCUUAAGCAGGGGGACACGUCUUGCACUGCAGGAUUUGAGUCCCUGGCGGCGUAGUGUGUUACUGAUGGUAGGCUUUGUUACUUUGGUCCCAGCUCUCUGCAGGUCAUUCACUAGGUCCCCCCGUGUGGUUCUGGGAUUUUUGCUCACCGUUCUUGUGAUCAUUUUGACCCCACGGGGUGAGAUCUUGCGUGGAGUCCCAGAUCGAGGGAGAUUAUCAGUGGUCUUGUAUGUCUUCCAUUUCCUAAUAAUUGCUCCCACAGUUGAUUUCUUCAAACCAAGCUGCUUACCUAUUGCAGAUUCAGUCUUCCCAGCCUGGUGCAGAUCUACAAUUUUGUUUCUGGUGUCCUUUGACAGCUCUUUGGUCUUGGCCAUAGUGGAGUUUGGAGUGUGACUGUUUGAGGUUGUGGACAGGUGUCUUUUAUACUGAUAACAAGUUCAAACAGGUGCCAUUAAUACAGGUAACGAGUGGAGGACAGAGGAGCCUCUUAAAGAAGAAGUUACAGGUCUGUGAGAGCCAGAAAUCUUGCUUGUUUGUAUGUGACCAAAUACUUAUUUUCCACCAUAAUUUGCAAAUAAAUUCAUAAAAAAUCCUACAAUGUGAUUUUCUGGAUUUAUUUUUCUCAAUUUGUCUGUCAUAGUUGACGUGUACCUAUGAUGAAAAUUACAGGCCUCUCUCAUCUUUUUAAGUGGGAGAACUUGCACAAUUGUUGGCUGACUAAAUACUUUUUUCCCCCACUGUAGCUAUGAGUGUUAAACUGCAGUUUGUUGUUGUUGGUUUGUCAGUGUUGCUUUUGGAUCCCAUCAGGUGGAACAAUAGCGUUCCAAGUUCUCAACUCUUGAAAAGGAGAGAGAGAAAGACUGCAGUGAGAGGGAGAGAGGAGGAGAACAAGGGAAGUCAAUAUCUCAGCCGAGCAGCGACUGCUAAGUGUGUCCCUUGCUGGCACAUCACAGGGCGGGACGGGACAGGGUACAUGAUGUUCCGGAAAGAAAAGAUGUCUCCUGCAAAAUGACGACAAGCGAGCAUGUGUAGGGAGCAGUGGCGUGUCAGAGCAGUGAUUUGUCGAGUCAUUAUUUACCAUCAGUUGUCUUGUACCAGAGAGUUGCCCUCAGUCUGGGGUUGGCAGUGAAUGGCAGGAACAGGAAGAGGAACAGACAGACGAGGGGUGCCAUGCCACAACGUGUGUCCAUGUAAUAUAGUGUCUCUCACUUUUCAGGAAAUAAGCAGCAGAGGCUACAUUUUAUGAUAACAUGUACAGGUUUUUGUGUAAGUCCUGCAGCAACAGCCAAUUAAGCCAAUUGAGGUCCAAAUUGAAUUUGUUGAGUAUUUGAAACAGGUGUGUCAUUUCUGGAUUAAAAACCUGCAUACCCAGACAGUUGCUCUCCAGGGCUCAGAUUCGAGUUAAGCACGCGUAAAUGGAACGUAAUUCAAUUUUUAUGGGCUUUUCUCUCUUUGCGUAUUCUGACUUUGAAUUUAAAAGUAUGAGAAUAGCAUGCUAUUUACCCAAUAUUCGAAUAAAUGAAGGUGUGGAGGAGGUGUGUCUACAGAUACACCAUAUUCUGACCUUUACCUAAUUCCCUAAUAAUUCCACCACCUUUACGCACGAUGAAACCAUGAAUAAGGUCUAGCGAACCUACUGGUUCCAAGUGGAAAAGCAUCUACUUGAUUUUUUCGGAUAGAUAUAAUACCAUUCUCCAUGCACUGUAAUUUAUAACUUGAUAAGAUCUAUUGAUUAGAGCUAGGUAAAUGAGUAAUCAUUUGGAGAAGGGGAUUGUAAAUACACAUAGCAAUUGUUUUAGAUGAUUUUUCCUUAUGAUCCCUGGAGACGAAUGUGAAACCAGCCAUAUGGAAGCAAACUAAAAAUCACAUCAACAUGGCAUGUAUAUGAUUUUUCACAGUGAAAUAGGAUAGAAAUAGCUGUGCCGUUAUUCAGAAUUCUAAUUAUGUGCCCUCAUAAUUUGCAUGGAUGAAAUGUGCAGACCCAAGCUAUAGGCUUCUGUAGGGCUGAACCUGCUGGGCUGAUGUAUGCGCUAUAGAAUGUUUUGAUUAUAUGACCAGGCUUUUCUCCGUUUUAUUUUACAAUUUGUAUCAUGUUAAAUAUUAGCCACUAUCGGGAGCCACAGUCAAUAAUACGCACAUGCAUUUAUUUUAGCAUCAUUUCAUUCCAUUCUGUUUACCUUUAUUUUCUCUGUCACAUCCUUGUACAUUGUUCCUGAGGGUCGCUAGCAUUAGUGGAUCAUAUUAGGCUAAUGUUGCGCAAUAAUUUAGGACAUGUAGCCUAUUUGAAUCAUUAUGGAACUCAGACCACACAUAGCAGGUUAAACCUGUAGCCUGGCGCACGGUUCACGACGACUGGACCGUUGUCAUACACUUCCAUGAUUAGUGAGAAUUAGGGUAUAUUUAUAGUAUAAUUGUGCAACCCCUUUUUCUACCUUCCAAUAUUUAAUGGAUUGAACUUGAAUAUGACAGCUUUCAGGAUGAAUCAAACCACUGUAUUUUUUAUUCAUCAAUAUACAGUAUUUCGUGCGUAAAGACUCUCCAAACAAUUUAUUUUUUGAUUCAUACAUACUUUCCUAACCCUAAAAUGUCUAGUUGGUGCUGAAACGGAGACCAAUAUGCAUAGAUGGCUUUCUUUCAUUGAUCCCCAUAUUCUGAACCCGCUCUCUCGAUGUAUUCUAUUGAGUCUGUCAACAUAAUUCUAAUUAAAACCUUAUUUAAAGGGAUAAAUGUACUGAAAACCCCAUUGAAUGAAAACUCCACGAGAAAACCUGUUGGCCAGCAAGUGGGAGGGUUUUCAGCGGUUGAAUGAAAUGUAUACAGAUUGUGCAAGGUAGCCACACCUGCAGAGCGUGUUACACAACUAAAUAAGGUACGUCUGAAUAGGAAAUACUGAUGAGUGCAUAGGAAAGGCAUAAAUUCCUAAGUUGGGAUCGGGCCCCAGGAGCAUAUUUAGAAAACCCUGUUGUAGCCAGUAGCCUAUGGGAUUAUGUCUGCUAUUUCAGACAGGGGUUGAACACAAGCCGUCACAUGCUGUCUGUCUAUCAGGGGUUGUGUAGAGUGGACAGGCCAACACAGAUGACUAGCCAACCCCAUCCCCAUCCCCGGACACAUUUCAUUUACCACCAGGGUUGUUAGGGAGAAGCUUUAGCUCUCCACUCUUCAACUCACAAAGCUUAAGCAAGUAUUUUAAUCAACCAUACACUAAUAUAGCCUACUAAAGCACCCCUUUUCGCACACAAACCCGUCAGUCUCUCUGCACAUCAGACAUUCCAGUCAAGAUCAGUUAGGACAAAUUCUAAAAACAUGGAAAGAAUUUGAUUGAGUUAGGAUAUACCCUGUCUGUCUGAGACUGAUUUCUCUUCCCUGUUGAGAAGUACACUCUUCGAAAAAAGGGUUCCAAAAGGGUUCUUCAGCUGUCCCCAUAGGAGAGCCCUUUUUGGUUCCAGGUAGAACCCUUUUUGGUUCCAGGGUUCUGCAUGGAACCCAAAAGGGUUCUACCUGGAACCCAAAAGGGUUUUUCAAAGAGUUAUCCUUUGGGGACAGCCAAAUAACCAUUUUAGGUUCUAGAUAACACCUUUUUUUCUAAGAGUAUAGGAGACGAAAGCUACUGUAAAUGAUUGCAGCGAUUUAGGGGGAAGAGUUGGGAGGGUGGGCCAGGUGGUUUGUAAUGGAGCUCUCAGAGCCUCAGCAGUACCAUCCGUGUCCCUCAGCAGAGCAUAUUCCCCCUGUGACAGAGUCGAGUAAGUGUCACACCAUAAAUCAGACCCCCUUCUAUGAGACAAGGCACCAUAGUCACUGUCAAAUUGAGUCUCAUCUGUAAAUGGGAGAAGCACCCUGUAAUUAAAUGUAUACAGGUGUAGAGAGCUGAGGAGCCGUAGUGACCGUAGAGGAUGAGAAACAGUAGUUGUAAUGAUUUUCCUCAGGAUAUUACUAUAAUCGUCAGUCCUGAUGAGAUGGGGAACAAACUAUUAGCGUUUCCCUAAGACUCACUUAUGCUGUUUGCAGACUGUGCGACACUAAUAAUAAAUCAGGUCUUAUCUCAUGGCAUGCCGUGGUCGCUAAUUUUUUUUUGCCACUGUUUUAAUUUAGCCGGGCAGGAACCAAGAUGGAGAGAUGCCAGGAUUAAGGCUGUUUAAAUUAAACUGAACAGAAGGCAGGAGGGGUGGGAGGAGAAGAGAAGAGUGGUGUUUGUUUUCAUGCUGCCUGGCUGGAAGACUUGGAGGUUCUCUGUCAAAGGCUCAAAGUUAUUUAUUGAUUUUUAUUGUUCUUUAAAAACAUAUUAUUUUCUGCAGUCGUCUUAGUAUCAGUAUGUAGGCUUGCUAAAUCGUCCUCACCCCUCAUUCCUCCUAACCACAUUUUAGAAUGAUGGAAAUAUAUGAUGUUAUACUUCUGUUAUUGUUUCUCCUCUCUGCUGGUUUAGACAGCUGUCUAGUUUUUGCAGAGGUCACUUCCAUUGACACACUGUCAUGUUCAGUGAUUUAGAAACUGGAAUUAGAAACUGGAUGUUGUCAUUCAGCCAAGCUUGAUUGUAACAGUACUAUCUUCACCCUAAACCCUAACCUUUGACCUGACCUUAAGGGUACACCUAAUAACAACAAAUUGCUUCCUGUUGUUGUGCAUCCAAUCAACAAAUAACUUGUCUGCACUGUACUGUAACACUCAAACCCCCAGCCAAUCACAGCUCUGUUUACCUCUAUGUCCCCUCAGACCACCACUCUGAUUGGCCUGCUGAAGACCGCCCGGUUGCUCCGACUAGUUCGCGUGGCCCGUAAGCUGGACCGAUAUUCAGAGUACGGCGCCGCCGUCCUUAUGCUCCUCAUGUGCAUCUUCGCCCUCAUUGCCCAUUGGCUGGCCUGCAUCUGGUACGCCAUCGGCAACGUGGAGAAGCCCUAUUUGGAGCACAAGAUUGGCUGGCUGGAUAACCUGGGCGUGUCCAUUGGAAAGAGGUACUAGGCAAGAUAAAAUAUACUGAAAUACUGACUAUCGUGACAAUAUGUACCAUGGACUUGUGCCUCAAUGUACCCCAAUACUAUAUACUGUAUCACAUGACUCCUUAAUAAUUAUGCAGUUGAAUGAUAGGAAAGAACUUCAUGAUUUUCCCCUUUCUAAUUAAACUAAGAAAUAUUGGUGCAAAAUCAGAUUUUUGUUUGGUUUUAAUAUUUCCCCCAAAAUUGUUGGGAUAAUCCCUUAGAAAAAAAACGUACCAUAGCCUUAAUACCAUGAAAUGUAGCGAACCAUGAACUGAGUGUACCGUCUCACCCCCUAGGUACAACUACAGUGACCCCAGCUCUGGCCCGUCCAUCAAGGACAAAUACGUCACGGCCCUCUAUUUUACCUUCAGUAGUCUGACCAGCGUGGGCUUUGGCAACGUCUCCCCCAACACCAACUCUGAGAAGAUCUUCUCCAUCUGUGUCAUGCUGAUCGGCUGUGAGUGUGUACACUGUCCUAGGACUGAAAACAGAUGGAAUGAAUGAACUAACAAACAAAUUCAUGCAUUAUACAUAUUACUACAAUGAAUCACUAUUACUGUACAGCCAAGUAGUCCUACCUUAUAAGUUAUUGUAUUACUAUAUUCCUAGCUACUGAUUAAUUAAGGGAAAUUAGAAUAUUGCUAACAGUGAUGAUGACAUGAUGAUCACCUGCCUGGUGUGGUUCUCCCCUCGCAGCCCUGAUGUACGCCAGUAUCUUCGGUAAUGUGUCGGCCAUCAUCCAGCGGCUGUACUCUGGUACGGCGCGGUACCACCUGCAGAUGCUCCGGGUCAAAGAAUUCAUCCGCUUCCACCAGAUCCCCAACCCACUGAGGCAACGCCUGGAGGAGUACUUCCAACACGCCUGGAACUACACCAACGGCAUCGACAUGAACAUGGUGCGAAUGGGGGGAGUGUGCGGGGGUUGUGUGGGUAGGUGGGUGGGUGUGGGUGUAGGGGGUUGGGAGGCUGUGUAUGUGCGUUUGUGUGCGUGUGUGUGUGGGCAAGUGAGUGUGUUUGAGGCUAAUAAGUCUUCCAAGUGAGACUUUAGCUAAAAAGAAUCUAAUAUUGGGACGUAACAUUAUUCUUAUGGUGGGAUAAGGUUAUGCAUAAUGGUUACGUUUCAGAUUGAUGAUUCAGAUUGCUGCUGUUCUUCAAUAGGUUUUGAAUGUUCAGCCCCACAGUUUGACGAUGCAAUUGUGUUACUGCAUUGCUGUCUUUCUCCUACUUAGCUUCUCGGUGAAGCUGUUCAAUGUUUUUUCUGACCUUAAACAACCUUGUCUCCAAGACGGUCCUUCUAUUAACAUAUAGCCUAGUGUGUUCCCUUAGCAACAUGGUUAUAUGAAAUGAUUAUAAUCUUGAUUAUGAUUCUAAACGCUAGAAUGAAAGCCAUGGAUACUGUAUGUAAACUGGCUUUUCCCCUGGUGAUGUUAACUGUACUUAUAGAAACUUGUCUUUUCCAUGUCUGCCUCAUGUCAAAUGGAAUGACUUCACCACUCUGGUAAGAGCAGGAGGUACUAUGUUCAAAGUUAAUAGUGUUCACUUCUUUCCCUCAGAAACGUGUUGUUUAAAAAAAAUGGCAGAGUGCAGUAAAUCGUAGACCAAGACGUAAAUCAAAGAAUACAUUUAUUAAAAUCCAUCACUUCGUCUUUAUAGUCUAGAAAAAAAGCAUGUUAAUUUGAAGGCAUGCUCCCCAGUUACUUUGAAAUACUGUAGCCCUCUCUAGAUCAUGUCAUGUAUACUGAGUGUAGAAAACCUUUUGCCCUCAGAACAGACUCAAUUCGUCAGCGCAUGGACUCUACAAGGUGUUGAAAGCGUUCCACAGGGAUGCUGGCCCAUGUUGAAUCCAAUGCUUCCCACAGUUGUGUCAAGUUGGCUGGAUUCUGUUUGAGUGGUGGACCAUUCUUGAUACACACAGGAAACUGUUGAGUGUGAAAAACCCAGCUGUGUUGCAGUUCUUGUCACACUCAAACCGGUGCGCCUGGCACCUACUACCAUACCCCGUUCAAAGGCACUUGAAUCUUUUGUGUUGCCCAUUCAAUGGCACACAUGCACAAUCCAUGUCUCAAUUGUCUCAAGGCUUAAAAAUCCUUCUUUAACCAGUCUCCUCCCCUUCAUCUAUACUGAUUGAAGUGGAUUUAACAAGUGACAUCGAUCAUAGCUUUCACCUGGUCAGGUUAUGUAAUGGAAAGAGCAGGUGUUCUUAAUGUUUUGUACACUCAGUAUAUAUACACUGACUUCCCCAUUGCAUGCCAGCCAGUAGUAUAACCCUUAGUGCUUCUAGCAGCCCAUGUUGUCACUCACAGAUUGACUUGCAUGUGGCUUGCCACAAGGUCGCCAUUUGCAUGAAAUCUGUGUAUUCAAACACGAUCACAUAAUUUUUAAUAUGGUAGUUACCAGGCUGUGAAUACUGCCAAUGGGAGAGGCACAGACAGCCUGGCACUGCCAGGUUUCCCUCCAUGUGGGAGGCUUGGCACACAUGCCCAGCGAUCUUGCACCUGCACUUGCCAAAUGUUGUUCAAUCUCUCCUUUCCAAAAUCUUCUGCUAUGAUUUUUUCCCCAACUGUUGUAAAAUAGGCUCUCUUUUUCAAGAAAUUUAGACUUGGCCAGAUUUUUUUUAUUUUUACGAAGAUUUUUUAUAUAUAUUUUUUUUUUACUAAGGACAUUGUUUUGAAUGUGAUACAGAGUAAGGAUGUUUUGUUGUUUCAUUUUCCCUUUUUGUGUGUUUGAAGCCUUCCCUUGUCCUCUGGUCCCCUGUGAUGUCACAGUUCAAAGUCAUCUUAUGACCGUUAACCUGUAACCUUUGACCCUGUGUGGUGUUCAGUCCUAGGCAAAUUACUUGUUUUCCAAUUGAGGGCAUUAAUGUCAUGAUAUUGAUGAAACUGAAUAAUUUAGGUGACAUUUUUUCCAGGGAAACAAUUUGUAUUUAAGCAUGUAGUAAUUUAAGUAGUUGAAAUGUCACUCUUAUCCUUAUACUCUAAAUUACAUGACAGGUUAAUUCAGUUUUGAGGUAAGUAUUUUAUUUAUUUAUUUUGAUAUUAAAUCUGAAUCACAGACACUAAUGAUACCCCACUUAGUGGGGUGAGAUAGAAAGCUCCCUCAUGAGCACACGUAUGCUAAUCAUUUUGUAAUCAAAGGGAAGACGUGUUUCCAUGUUUGUUUCCAUGUUUUCCUAGUUUGUUGUGUCUUGUAUAGCAGUGUUGGAUAUCCAUCUGUUUAACCCCACCUGCUAGUACUCUGAUUAAAAGCUAUGGAAAAUACCAUAAAAAUUCCCCCCUAAAACAGUCACAUAUGACAAUGCAGUAUUUAGAUUUUGAGAAGACCAAAACACAAUUGGCAAUUGUAUCAACCCACUCUGGAUUCCAAACCAAAUCUGACUCACAAACACAAACCAAACCCACACCCAAAGAUGUCUCGAGAUAGUUUGACAGCACAUCUCUGAUAACACCACAGACACAACAUCCAUCCCAGUCCUAUCUGACCAUUCUCCUAUUGCUGUGGACGCUCUUUUCGUGCCCCCAGGUCCUAAAGGGUUUCCCAGAGUGUCUCCAGGCUGAUAUCUGCCUCCACCUCAACGCAAGUCUGCUCCAGGGCUGCAAGGCAUUCCAAGGGGCUACUAAGGGCUGCCUCAGGGCCCUGGCCAUGAGGUUCAAGACCACCCACUCCCCACCGGGCGACACACUGGUCCACUGUGGAGAUGUGCUUACUGCCCUUUACUUCUUGUCCCGGGGCUCCAUCGAAAUCCUCAAGGAUGACAUCGUGGUGGCCAUUUUGGGUAUGUGCUACUCAAAUGUUGACGUUGUUUAUUAUUUCACAUUGUUUAUUCAUAUUAUCUUUAUUUAACCUGGUAGGUUAUUGAAUACACAUUCUCAUUUACAAUAACAACCUGACGAGAGGUUGCAAUUAAAACCAAGUUUCAUUGUAAACUUCAUUUGACACUUCAGAGGUAUGUUGUGCUUUGUGAAAAAGUCCCAAACCAAAAUAUACAGUAGACACUAGUCACUGCAACAAUAACUCGUGUUUUUAUUCAUGUCGGGGCUGUGGAAGGUGUGCGGCUCUUCAGUAAAUUGACACCCUGAAGAAUUGGUUACCUAUGGCUGUGUGAAUACUUAAUUACACAUUCCCCGGUGGUGAGGAUGUUCACAGUACUCAAACACCUCUAAUGAUUUCCCUCUGCUUUAAGGUCAGCUUAAUCAGGCUGUUUGGAAGAGAAACAUCCUCUUAGAACAGCAGCACUGCAGGCACACUUUCAAAGACUGUUUUUGUCUCUAAACAGUGCUCCUGGAAUUGAAUAGUAACACAGUACAGUUCAGGUGUCCCAGUGCUGCACUUCUCAUCAAUGUGUGUGUGUCUCUUGCCUCUCAGUGUGUGUCUGUAUAUCCUCUGUGUACUGUCUAGAAGAGGCUGGUCUUGCUAUUCUGCUAUUCCUGGGUGGGCAGCUGACAUCUCUAAUGAGCACAGAUUCUCAUGGCUCCCUCCAAGAACACACUGUGAUAGACACUAGCGCUGUAUAGUAGGGUAUUCAAGCUGGGAGAAGAGAGACAGGUAAAGGAUAAAGAGAGAGAAGGAGAGAGAUAGAGGGGAGAGAUAGAGGGGGUGGAGGGAGAGAUAAAGAAAGAGAUGGAGAGAGAGGGGAACGGAGGGUGGUUUAUUGGACCAUUUAUUAAGGUAUCUAAUUGCCAGCUAAGGGUGAUGGAGUGUCUGUGGUGUUAGCAGUCGCUGCUCGCAGGAGAUAUUGACGUCCCUGGGAUGUAAUCAAAGUAAAUCUCCCCUUCAUCUUUCUUUCCCCUCUCCUUUAUCUCUCUCCCUCUCUCUCUCUGCGUCAGCCCAGCGCCAAGCAAAUGUUACAGGCUAAGCCUUGUAUAAACUGCUCAUUUUUCACUCAGCCAAUGAGCUUUGGUAAAACGCAGCGACACAAUAGGUUCAUGGGAAGACGGUGGUCGUGUUCCCCUGCUCAGACGUUGCUCAUGCAUGCCAGAUCUUACAGUAUGUGAUAGAAAUCUGGCAGCUGACGUUACAGUUGAUGACAUGGCAGGCAACCAUUGGUUGAUGCAUGCAACGUCUGAGCAGGGGAACGACGGGUGUGUUGAUAGUGAUGGGUUAAUAAGGACUCAGCACGUUUACCAACGGUAAAGUAACAUCAAUGCCAAUUGCUCUAUUUAUCGCAGUCAAGUAUUUCUAUGCAAAUUCUAUUGUGAAUUAGUAAUUGCAAUUAGUGUGUAAUCAACAGAGAGCAAUAAACAAUGAAUUGUAUCUGUAAUUAAAAUCUUGCAUCAAGCUUUAAUAAAUAAGUUAAAAUGGUGAAAUUACCAGAGGAAAGACUAGGUGCUUGUCCUUACUCUCACCUUAGUGCCUGCCCAGGUUUGGGCAAAGCCAUAUUUUCAUUAUUUAUCCAUGGAGUUCUGGGCCAAGAGCCAGGGCAUGCAGUGGGGCAUGUACACACACACACACACACACACACACAGUGCAAACUGAAAGGUCUGUGCCUAGGGAAGUCAGGCGUAAAAUAAUGAUAAAACUGAGCCUCUUGGUCGUUCCAGGUCAGUCCUAUAGACACAUUCACACUAUCUCCCUGUUGUCCUAUAGUCAGCCAUAUAUACACAUUCACACUACCUCCCUGUUGUGCUAUAGUCAGCCCUAUAGACAUUCACAACACCUCCCUGUUGUCCUAUAGUCAGCCCUAUAGACAUUCACAACACCUCCCUGUUGUCAUAUAGUCAGCCAUAUAGACAUUCACACUACCUCCCUGUUGUCCUAUAAGGAAGUGGCAGAAGGACAGGUAUAACCUUAACAGUGCAUUCAGAAAGUAUUCCGACCCUUCACUUUUUCCACAUUGUUACGUUACAACCUUUUUCUAAAAAGGAUUUAAUUGUUUUUUUCCCUCAUCAAUCUACACAAAAUACCCCAUAAUGACAAAUCAAAAACAGGUUUUUAGAAAUGUUUGCAAAAAACAACAACAAAAAACGGAAAUAUCACAUUUACAUUCAGACCCUUUAUUCAGUACUUUGUUGAAGCACAUUUGGCAGCGAUUACAGCCUCAAGUCUUCUUGGGUAUGACGCUACAAGCUUGGCACACCUGUAUUUGGGGAGUUUCUCCCAUUCUUCUCUGCAGAUCCUCUCAAGCUCUGUCAGGUUGGAUGGGGAGCGUCGCUGCACAGCUAUUUUCAGGUCUAUCCAGAGAAGUUAGAUCGGGUUCAAGUCCAGGCUCUGACUAGGCCACUCAAGGACAUUCAGAGACUUGUCCCGAAGCCACUCCUGCAUUGUUUUGGCUGUGUGCAUAGGGUCGUUGUCCUGUUGGAAGGUGAACCUUUGCCCCAGUCUGAGGUCCUGACUGGGGCAAAGGCUCUGGAGCAGGUUUUCAUCAAGGAUCUCUCUGUACUUUGCUCCGUUCAUCUUUCCCUCGAUCCUGACUAGUCUCCCAGUUCCUGUGCUGAAAAACAUCCCCACAGCAUGAUGCUGCCACCACCAUGUUUCAUCGUAGGGAUGGUAUUGGCCAGGUGAUGAGCGGUGCCUGGUUUCCUCCAGACGUGACGCUUGGCAUUCAGGCCAAAGAGUUCAAUCUUGGUUUCAUCAGGCCAGAGAAUCUUGUUUCUCAUGGUCUGAGAGUCCUUUAGGUGCCUUUUGGCAAACUCCAAGCGGGCUGUCAUGUGCCUUUUACUGAGGAGUGGCUUUCGUCUGGCCACUCUACCAUAAAGGACUGAUUGGUGGAGUGCUGCAGAGAUGGUUGUCCUUCUGGAAGGUUCUCCCAUCUCCACAGAGGAACUCUGGAGCUCUGUCAGAGUGACCAUUGGGUUCUUGGUCACCUCCCUGACCAAGGCCCUUCUCCCCCGAUUGCUCAGUUUGGCCGGGCGGCCAGCUCUAGGAAGAGUCUUGGAGGUUCCAAACUUCUUCCAUUUAAGAAUGAUGGAGGCCACUGUGUUCUUAGGGAACUUCAAUGCUGCAGACAUUUUUUGGUACCCUUCCCCAGAUCUGUGCCACAAUCCUGUCUCGGAGCUCUAAUGACAAUUCCUUCGACCUCAUUGCUUGGUUUUUGCUCUGACAUGCACUGUCAACUGUGGGACCUUAUAUAGACAGGUGUGUGCCUUUCCAAAUCAUGUCCAAUCAAUAGAAUUGACCACAGGUGGACUCCAAUCAAGUUGUAGAAACAUCUCAAGGAUGAUCAAUGGAAACAGGAUCCACCUGAGCUCAAUAUUGAGUCUCAUAGCAAAGGGUCUGAAUACUUAUGUAAAUAAGGUAUUUCUGUUUUUUAUAAAUUUGCAAAAUUUCUAAAAACCUGUUUUCGCUUUGUCAUUAUGGGGUAUUGUGUGUAGAUUGUUGAGAAAAUGCACUGUAGAUGACCUCAAAAGACUGUGCUGAGCUGCAUUAUGGGGAAAUACACCAGGUGGUUCAGCUGGUUAUAGGUCAAGGCAUAGUGUGUCAUUACAUAGAGUGUCAUUAUGUUCAUGUUAUAUUUCACCAUGUUUAUCAAACCUUUAUCUUUCUUUCUCUCCCUCUCUCCCUUCCGUCUCCCUCUCCCCCUUUAUCUUUCUACCCCCUCCCCCUCUCUCCUCCCUACCUCUCUCUAUCUCUCUACCUCCCCUCCCUCUCUCUCUUCCUCUCUCCUCCGUCCCUCUCUCUCUCCCCCCUCUCAUUUUCUCCCCACUCCCUCCUCAUUCUCUCUCUCUCCCAGGGAAGAAUGACAUCUUUGGGGAGAUGAUCCACCUGUACGCCAAGCCGGGGAAGGCCAACGCGGACGUGCGGGCGCUCAGCUACUGUGACCUGCACACUAUCCAUAGGGAGGAGAUCCUGGAGGUGCUGGACAUGUACCCCGAGUUCGCCGACUACUUCCUCAGCAACCUGGAGCUGACCUUUAACCUCCGAGAUGACAGCGGCAAGGUAAAUACAGACAGACGGACGGACAGACAGACACAUACGGAAGGACAGAAGAAUGGAUGGAUGGAUGGGUGGGUGGGUGGAUGGAUGGACCAUGCGACCGACAAGCAGUACAGAUACAAUACUAAGUUGUGUAUUUGCUUGUAUGCAGCCUCAGAAUGCAGAGUCAGUCUACCCCUACCCCAGUGAUGCUGAUGGGGAUGACAUCAAAUGCAAAAGAAGGCUCACUAACAAGCGGAAAUCUUCCGCAGGUGAGUUGAGGUAGUUUCUAUGGCUACUCUUUUUCAAAACAAUUCAUUUCAACUGAGCCAGCUUGUUUUAUACAAUAUCAUGCAUUUUAGUCAUUUAGCAGACGCCCUUAUCCAGAGUGUCUUAUAGGAGCAAUUAGGGUUAAGUGCCUUGCUCAAGGGCACAUCAACAGAUCCCCUUCAUUUACUGGCCCAAUGCUUUUAACCACUAGGAUACCUGCCUUCAUUGAAGUAUCUCCAAGUUUGAGAAGACUAUUCCUACACAGGGAAUAGUUUUAAUUUGGCUUCUAAGAGCUCUGUGAGUUGGGAGGCAUUGUUGCAACACACCACUCAACAGUUUGGUAUCCAUUCAAACUAAUUCAAUUGGUCACCAUGGUUACGGGUUUACAGAAUAUAGUUCCAUCUCCUAAAAUAAACCCCUCUCCCACCAUGUCAUGUUGACCUGUACUGUAGAUUGUCCAAAUGUUUUUGACAGAUUAUACCACAGAUUAUACCACAUUAAAAGUAUAGCAAUUAAUGUUAUACAUAUUAAACCAUAUAAUAUCCUUCAAAGCAUGCCAAUGGAUGUUAUCUCUCCUGUACUUACUAUUUUCCUUCACAUCUACUGACAGUUUCCCUCUCUGCUCACCUUCCCUCUGCUUCUGUAAAGGCAAAGUUGCAAGCACACAAUUAAAUAUAUAAAGUAUCUUUAUGGCAGCAAUGCUCUAAGGCAGCAGCAGAUCUGGCGGGGACCGUUUAGAGCGUGACACCUCCCUAUUGUUUGAUCUCCCGAGCUGCUGUCUCCCCUGCCUCCCAGAGGAGCUGUCUGUAACAAAGAACCCAGUGUUCCUCCAACACACACACGCAUGCACGCACACAGACGCGCAUGGAUGCACCCACGCACACACACACACACAUAAGAUCCUACACACACAGACACACUCACCCUGAUUGCCCUCCUCCUUCCCCACAGGGACCCAGAUCAAAGAGACGUCGGUGUUCUGCGAUGGUGGUGAGCGGGAGAGGCAGCUCUACCCCUCCUCCCAGGCUGUAGCCACCAUGGCGGAGGAGAAGAGAGACUCAGCGGAGGAGAGGGAGGAAGAAGAGGAGGAGGGGGAAGAGGAGAGGCCUCUGUGCUCGGGGGGGCAGGGUUACCCCUCGUUGAGGGACCACACCUUGGGACUAGGGCUGGGUGACGUUGUUCCGGACGCGCAGGGAGGAGGGGACAACGUGGAGAGGAACCAGUCUUAUGAAGGUACAGUUGGAAGCCUCUAAAGAUCCCAAUGGCUAGGCCAUUUUGGCUAGACCAAAAGCUGACACAGCUAUUCAAAUGAGCUCCACAAGCCCUAAAAGAUCAGAAGAACAAAUGAUAUCUUGCAAUAACAACCUGGUAAAAUAAUGUCCAUACCAGAAAUAACCUUCAGUGAGUGUAUGGGUAGCACAGCACCGAAGCCAGAGAGCACAAACCAACCAAUGGUCACACGACAAGACAUGUCCUUUCAAGCCAUUUUCUACAGAAUAUUGAGUAACUGGACUGUAAUUAAUUUGGGAAAAGGAAAUUACCCUGGGCCUCUGUGCAGGAUGUCACACCUAUUAAAAAUCCAAACAAGGAUUAGGGGUCAUCGCCACGGCAACUACCAUUAUAAGAGGAUUAUAACAACCAACCAGGGUCAUUGGUGUGGAAAUGUAGGGUUUCGACUAAACUCUGUUAGGUAUUUUCAUUUACUGUGUAUAUACUGUUAUUCAGUGGUACAAAAUGCCUCGAUGCUAUUAUUAAAGCAGAGUGCCUCGACCGAAACAGUAUCUAUUGUUGUACUGUUCUAGCACAGUGUUAAGGCAUAAUCUAAAACCAAGCAAAACAGGAAGUAAACUAGCUAUAAAAUAGAAUAAAGCUCCUGGGGGCAGGAGUUUUUCCUGGUUAGGGAACAUGUUCAGGAAAAACUCCAGGCCCUACAUGGUAAAUCCUAGCACUGAUCCCAGACCAGUUUUGUCCAGAGAGUAAGGAGACAGAAGGACUGAUGCGGCUGGCUUCUUACAGGGCAUAGGUUAAUUUAAGACCUGGCACUCUUACAGGUUUGUGGAAAAUCCUCUGUUUCAUCCCUUGCCAAUUUGCCACCAGAUGCCAGCUCAUUAUCUUGUUGAUGCCUGGUUGGCAUUAGAGACGGCAUGACCUAUGGUGACCAGCUUGUGAAAGAGAUCAUGAGCUUAGCUUGUUUGUUUAUGCUUUGUUUAUCAGCCCUACACACCUAUGGCACAGACACACACACCCACAGCCUCUUUCUCUACUCCCCCAAACACGAGUUUCACAAAUAACUCUCUCUCUAACAUAGACUACUUUCAUUGUAAAAUCCUCAACUACUUCUUUAAUAUGUUAAGAUCAAUGGUGUGGUAAAAAUGAUUAAAACUGCCUCGACAUGCACCAAUCCACUGCAACAAUAACAACUGGCUAAAUUAAAUGACACGUUUCUAUUUGCGUUUCCAGGGAAUUGCGCUCCGCGAUGAACAUUUCUGUCAGCAUGUGGUGAUUUGAGAGUAAUAUGCUGUAAUUCCGUUCUUAAGCGGAUGACGAUGAUUCCUGGUUUGAGUAAGAGGCAGGCAGUGUUGCCGGCUGGAUAUUGAUUCCUGUAAUCACCCCAGCAUGGAGGCACUAUAAAUGGUAGCUUCUGCUCUUGACGUCUUUCAUUACUGUAAAAGCUAUCUUCCAAGCAUGAUCAACUCAAUCACUUCAGUGCUUCGGUCGUCACUAGUUACCACAGCCACAAAUUCAUAAGCACCGCCUAUUUCUACAAUUUCUCUACUUAAAAUGUGAUUUUAAACCUAACCUUGACCCUAACCACACAGCUAACAUUAUGCCUAACCUUAAAUUAAGACCAAAACGCUAAUUUUUGUUUUCAUGAAUUUUUACGAGAUAGUCAAUUUCGACUUUGUGACUGUGGUUUCUAGUGACAACCCAGUGUUUCUCUAGCCUAGUACUGGGUUAGUGUGCAUGUUUGUUCUAGCCCAGCACUAACACAUCUACAUAUCUAACCAUUGGUUAGUUGAAUUGAUUGUUUUACUGCUGGGCUAGAACAAACAUGUGCAACCUUUGGGGUACACGAGGACUGGAAUUUGAAUCAACAAAUGUGCACAUUUUAAUUCUAGUCCUGCACUUACACACCUGAUUUAAGAAUCAAGGGCUGGAUGAUUGUGGUAUUCAUUUCUAUAUCAGGUUUGCUAGUGCUGGGCUAGAACAAAACUGUGCACCCCUGUAGGUCCACAGGACUAGGAUUGAAGAACAUUGUUGGCAUUAUAGCGAUAUAACACUGUGGCAGGCAUCUAUCAGGUAUGUUCUAUUCCUAUCGACACCCACUCAGUAGCAGUGAAAGACUAGACCAACAUUUUUGUGCCUGAGGGAGAAAUGAUUCUGGACACAGUGCUGCUAUUACAGUUUCUAAAAGCCAGGUAACAAUGUGAGUGAGAGAGUGACUGAUGCUAUAACUGCUGGUUAUAGUGGGGCCCAAUGUGCCCAUUGAUCAAUUAAAUGGUAGCCUUUGACAGGACUGGUGUGGAUGAGGGAUAGCUAUCUAGUCAGUGUUAGUGGCUAGUGCUCCAAACCGUCUCAAACAACUACGGUCAUCAGACAAUAUUGUUGUCUGGCAAAGGCCUGUGAAUCAUACCUAACUAAAAAGGAUUCAAUGUUCUGUGGGAAAUGACUGGUGCUGUGAUUUGGUUGUUUCAUAGGUUGAUAAUGGUUAGUAUAUAAAUGUAUUUGUGCAUAUGUGUGUCUAGACCUGUGUGUGGAGGAGUGGGCGUGCGUGAGGCCCAGGGAAGUGCUGGAGAAGUUGGCCCAGGCCCAGGAUGCCCGAAGUGGGGUCGGGGAGGAGGACAGUGAGCCGGACAUCACCUACGGAGAGGUGGAGCAACGUCUGGACCUGCUGCAAGAGCACCUAAACAGGUGAGUGGAAGGGGAGAGGCGAAACUGUGAUCGUAAUUCACUAUAAAAAAACUGAAGUUUAACCAAGGCGUUCUGGUGGUAAACAGGACUACACCAUCCUCAAAUAACCCCAGCCAAACCAUCACUACAUCCCAUUUCACUAUAGACUAGAUUCACAGCAAGGUUUUUACAGUACACAUCCACAGCAAGGUUUACCAUACACAUCCACAGUCCACUAUAUCACACAGAGAGUUGACUUCUGCAUAUGUUCUGCAUGGAAUGGAUCCAGCUGCUACAGACAGCAUCGCCUAUUUUUAGCUGACGCCCGUGAGACGCAAUCGCAACACAAAGACAGCAGACGUCACGGCAGAGUUUGGAGGGGAGGGGUGGGAGGUAGUACGGGGCAACAGGAGACUGAGGGAGGGGUCACAAAGCCCAAAGUGGGUGGACUCAGUCAGUCCGUCUCUUUAUCUUGUUAUCUCUCUCUCUCUAUAUAUAUAUACGUUCCGUCUAUAUAUAGCCUAUGCUCUCUUUCUCUCUCUACUGUAUCUUCCCUCUCUCUUUCCCUCCUCCCACUGUAAGUGGCGGUUACAGACUGGCCACCUCAGGCUCUUUGCAGGCAUUCGUCGCUCUCAUUUCUCCUUCUUUAGGGAGGUAAUGGGCAGACGCCUGGCCACUCAACAGACAUGGCCGCCACACUACCCUGCCUCAUCUAGCUGGAGCACGCCUGCCGGGGGUGUUGAUCGGCUCAGAUUGUCUCACAGCUCAACAGCAACUGUGACAAACACUGGCUUGUUCUCGGUCCGCAGUGCUCUGAAGGCAGUAUGGGUGUGUCUUUUCUAGAUACAGUAUGCAGGUCUAUGUGUUUUUCUCAUUGGAAAUAAAGAAAUUAAAGUGAUAUAUUUAAAUAUUGGCUUUUCGAUACCUUGAAGGUGUUGUAUGCAAAACUGGAGAAAAUCAAGAAAUUAUUAUUCACAAAAUAGAGAAACACACAUAAAAAGAAAUUGUGAUGAAAAAAGGUCUGAAACAGAUAAAGGUGUGCUAUAGUACAGGUAUGCCGCCCUAGUGUCUUCUCUGAAUUGUAUGGGCUGGGGCUCCCUCUGGUGUUUGCAUUGAGUAUUACUGACUGCGCUCUCCCAACACAACCCCAGACACAUGCAUAAAAACAAAACCUAGCUAAAGCUAAUACAUAGCUAAUACAUCAAGGACCUAUUUUAAGAUGUUCAAACUUUUACAUAAAUCACGCAUUGACGCCAAUGGCAGAUUUGUUUUCAAAAAAUGUGAGUGAUGCAUGUGGAUCUCAAGCUAGGACCCACCCCUGACGCUGUCUCCCUGGCUCUCCCCACCCACCAUCCAGGCUGGAGUCCCAGAUGAUGUCAGACAUCAAGGCCAUCCUCCAGCUGCUGCAGAGGCAGAUCACCGUGGUUCCCCCGGCCUACAGCAUCGUCACCUCCAGUCCAAAGUACCAGAGGCCUGCCAUCAGGGUGCAGCCUGUUUCUGCCAUCAGGAUCACAGAGCCUCAACACAGCCUCAACCCUGCACCACCACAGGUAUACUGAACCAGCCCAGGUGAACAAAUACAGUCUACACUAGCCCUCAGAGCUAUAUACUGUUUUAUACAUAAUGGCUCUGUGUAUACUGGCUAGGCACAUUACACUCCCUGUCUAUAUACUGGUCUAUAGGUGCAUUAUCCCUGUCUGUUCUGUAUACUGACAGAUGGUUACAUUAUCCCUAUGUGUGUAUUGGACACUACAGAAGUCAAUAUCCCUGCCUGAAGUUGUUUGUUCUCAGUUUGCUGACCAGCCUGGUCUCAGAGCAAAACGUAUUAUAUUUUACUAAAAUCCAUUCCACUCCAUUUAGUGUGAUGUGUUACAUUACAUUGACUAGACGUAACAUAGUAAACGUAAAUCCGGGACACUCAAAUUAGUAUGAUAUGUUACGUUUGGUAUGGACAGUAAGUUACUUAAGGCAAAAACAAAAGGAGGGUGGUUGGUCGGGGUGGAUGGUUGGGCGUAUAAGAACGUCUAGCAACCUAAAUAUUGCGUGUUCGAAUCUCAUCACGGACAACUUUAGCAACUACUUACUACUUUUUAGCUAAUUUGCAUGUUCACUAACCCUUCCCCUAACCCUAUAACCUAACCCGAACCCCUAACCUAACGUAGCAUAUCAUACUAAAGCAGUCAAACGUAAUAUAUCAUACUAAACGGGUCAAAUGCGAUCAAGAAAUAGGAUACUAUACAUCAUACAAUUCUUAUUAUAUUGUACGACCGUUAUUACAUUGCUCGGCCAAUGUAAUGUAACCUAACGUAAAGAAACAUAUCAUACUAAAUGGAGUGGCACAGAUUAAAAAAUAUAUAUAUUUUGCUCUGAGACCAGGUUGUGCUUACUGCUUCACAGAAUCCUGAGACGGAGAAGCCCCUGAACAAAUCCAAAGAAACCAUGUCAGGCCAGGGUCCCACGGAAAUGCCCCUGGAAGAGGACCUCAGGGCGGGACUGCUAGAGAAGGACACAGAGCCCAGACACAUACAAAACAAAAUGGACUCUCCGGAGCAACAACAACAACAACCUAGAGCCCUCUUCCCCUCCGCCAGACAAGCCUCGCUCCCCGACGCAUCACCUGAAAAUUCUGAAACGUCAGGACUCCACAGGCCGGCAUCCGAUCCUGGGCUUCUGGGAAAG